AACAAAGACAAAACACAUACGUGUUUUGGUGUUGAGCUAAAAUAAGAUAUUUUGGCUCUCGCUAUAAAAAAAAAAUCGACAACAGUGCAGACACACGCCGAUUUGCGAGAUACACACAGUCUCACCUAAAAAUCGCAAAAGAAGAAAAAUUCGGAUCAAAAUUGUCUUCAAGCAUCAUGGAUCCAUACAGGGUUCGUCCUUCAAGCGCUCAUGAUUCCCCUUUCUUCACUACAAACUCGGGUGCUCCUGUCUGGAACAACAACUCUUCUUUGACUGUCGGAACUCGAGGUCCAAUCCUUCUGGAGGACUAUCAUCUGCUUGAGAAACUCGCUAACUUUGACAGGGAGCGGAUUCCUGAGAGGGUUGUUCAUGCCAGGGGAGCCAGUGCUAAGGGUUUCUUUGAAGUCACUCAUGACAUUACCCAACUUACUUCUGCUGAUUUUCUUCGAGGACCUGGUGUUCAGACUCCUGUUAUCGUUCGUUUCUCAACUGUCAUCCAUGAGCGUGGCAGUCCCGAGACUCUCAGAGAUCCCCGUGGUUUUGCUGUUAAGUUUUACACCAGAGAGGGGAACUUUGAUCUUGUUGGGAACAACUUCCCUGUAUUCUUCGUCCGUGAUGGAAUGAAAUUCCCUGACAUGGUCCAUGCAUUGAAACCGAAUCCCAAGUCUCACAUUCAGGAGAACUGGAGGAUACUGGACUUCUUCUCCCACCACCCAGAGAGUUUGCACAUGUUUUCAUUUCUCUUUGAUGAUCUCGGUAUCCCACAGGACUACAGGCACAUGGAAGGCGCUGGGGUCAACACUUACAUGCUAAUCAACAAAGCUGGAAAAGCUCACUAUGUGAAAUUCCACUGGAAGCCGACUUGUGGGAUCAAAUGCCUGUCGGAUGAGGAAGCUAUCAGAGUUGGAGGAGCCAAUCACAGCCAUGCCACCAAAGAUCUCUAUGACUCGAUCGCAGCCGGGAACUAUCCGCAGUGGAAUCUCUUCGUUCAGGUGAUGGAUCCUGCCCAUGAAGACAAAUUUGACUUCGAUCCGCUUGAUGUCACAAAGAUCUGGCCUGAAGAUAUCUUGCCUUUACAACCUGUUGGUCGCUUGGUCUUGAACAAAAACAUCGACAACUUCUUUAAUGAGAACGAACAGAUUGCAUUCUGUCCUGCUCUUGUGGUUCCAGGCAUCCACUAUUCAGAUGAUAAGCUACUCCAGACCCGGAUCUUCUCCUACGCUGAUAGUCAGAGACACCGUCUUGGACCAAACUAUCUGCAACUACCUGUUAAUGCCCCUAAAUGUGCUCACCACAACAAUCACCAUGAUGGUUUUAUGAACUUCAUGCACAGGGAUGAGGAGGUCAAUUACUUCCCUUCAAGGUUGGAUCCAGUUCGCCAUGCCGAAAAAUACCCUACAACUCCUAUUGUCUGCUCUGGAAAUCGUGAGAAGUGCUUCAUCGGGAAGGAGAACAACUUCAAGCAACCAGGGGAGAGAUACCGGUCCUGGGAUUCAGACAGGCAAGAACGAUUCGUGAAGCGUUUUGUUGAAGCGCUUUCGGAGCCUCGUGUCACGCACGAAAUCCGCAGCAUUUGGAUCUCUUACUGGUCUCAGGCAGACAAAUCUCUGGGACAGAAACUAGCAACUCGUCUUAACGUGAGGCCAAACUUCUGAAUGAUAUCAUCUCUAAAGACUAAGUGAAAUCCUAUAAACUCAAUAUGCUCCUCUUACGGUUUGGUUUCUAAGUAAUCUCGUUUAUUGACAAUGAAACGCUUAAAGAAGGGUACUAGUUCCUGUUUGUAAUCUUCUUUUCAAAAUAUUAACGAUUAUUUUCUAAGGCAAAUAAAUAAAAAGCUAUGACUAAUAUAGCUUAGUAAACAAGUAUCACUAUCAUCCAUUUGGUUCUACUUUAAAAAUGGAUUUUUAUUUGUAUUUUAAUCUUCUGCAUCUAUGACGUGAGCUUAUAGUUGGAAUUUUAUUGGGGUCUAAUGUCAGACGCACGAUCUUGAUAAAAAAGUUUUAUGUCUGUCCAUAUUUUGAUAAAUUGGCAUAGUCAUCACUCAUCACGUCAGACCUUUUAAUUGGUCAAUCGUUAUGAUGCUACAUCGCAUUCAUAAUUUAUAAUUUACAUGUAAGUGGGGGUGGAGUAUUUGAUUAUUCCGCUGCUAGUGGAAAUGCAAAAAGAAUAAUGAGAGCAGACCAAUUUUAAUUAUGCUUAUACUUUGUUGCGCUUAACUUUUAAUCA